UUUAUUUUAAAAAGCCAAUUUGUUACUCCUAUCCUAUCCUAGAGACAGGACUCAAAUUCCUCGAACACUUUAGAAGGGUAAGGUUUUUUUUAAUUGAAUAAAGGCCAUGUACUUUUUUUGAAAUUAGGGGUAAGCAUUUUAAUUAAAAGAUCUAACCUUUACUUUGAAUAUUUAACUAAAAGUUCCAUUUUCAACUUUAUUUGUUAUAACAUAUUCCACGGGAGAUUGACGUCAGAAUUCGAUUUAAUUGAGGCUAAUUUUGUUUUUUCCAAAUAUAUGUAUUUAAUUACAAGAAGAGGCCCAAACUUGAAGACAACUGCUCUGUUUUCGUAGAGAAAAUGCUGUUUCUACCGUGGGAUAUCCUUUCUUUUCCUGCAUGGUGACAAACACAAUAAUUGAAAAUAAAAAAUUAAAUUAAAAAGGUAGGAAAUUGCAUGAAAAUAGAAGCAAAGAAUAGAAAAGGACAUGGGCCCGUAGGGAAAGCAAAGAGACAACUGUUUGACAUAAAAUCUGCCACCCAAAAUUCCAAAUCUUAACCCACAAUUUAUCUUCAACUUCUUCCUUUCUUUCCUCCUAGUUUAACAAAGAGCAUCUACAUCCAACAACAAAAACAAAUCUUUUGAGAAAAAAUUUGUUUCUUUUCAAGGUUUGAAAAGAAACAAAGAGAGAAUUGGAUAGCUCUCUUUUUAGCUUUGCUGUCGAUAUAUGGAGAAAGAGAAGAAGAAGAAGAAGAAGAUGGUAGAUGCAGCAGCUUUGGAAGGGUUUUCACCUGUAUCCGCAACCAGGAUUUUCUGGAAUUCCAGGAAGAGAUCAGCUAGCGGGAGGAAUUUAGACAAGGUAACAGACGAGACUGCUAAUAUGACACCCACCAAACAGGAAGAAGAAACUGGAGAUCAAGAGAAUGCGCCAGAUUCAGCAACGGCUUCUGAACUUUCUGGGCGCCGAAAGGCUCUUUUUGAACCACUGGAACCUAUAAAAAAUACCAAUGGCCGGCGCCCAUCAGCUGAAUCUUUACUUCCCCCACCAGACUUUGAUGCUGCAAGCUAUCCAAAGGGCUGGCUGAUUGGAAAGAAGAGGAAGCUGGUAAAUGUUGACGUUGUUGAGAGCAUGCGAAGGAUUGCAAUCCAGGAAAUGAACAGAAAGGACCGGGAAAUUGAUGGCUUGAAUGAGCAGUUGGAAGAGGAUGCGAGGUGUCUAGAACAUCUGCAACUUCAGCUUUUACAAGAGAAAAGCCAACGGUCAGAGGUAGAGAGAGAAAAUGCAAUGCUUCAAGAACAGAUAUCCAUGCUGAUGAAUAUGUUGCAGGAAGGAGAGGAAGGUCCAGAUGAACCUUAAAAAUCCAUUUAAUUGUUUAUUCUUUUGUAGAGUUGUUUGAGAGUAGUAAGAAGGGGGCUGCAGAGAACACGAGGGAAGAAAUAGGUCAAGUGAUCAUUGUAGUUUAGUUUGUGUUGGCUUGGUGAGCAGCUUUCUUAUGAAUGCUUAUUAUUGCUUUGUUAAGCUGUAA